AGGCGCCGGUGUCUAAUCGUGGCUCCAGCAUCUGCUGAAACUACUGCCUCGGGUUCGUCCUUUCUUCUUGCGUCCGACUUCCCUUCUUCACCCGCACGUGAACAUCUCACCUGAGGACUGACAAUAAGAACUGAUUGGUUUGAAAAUGGAAAACCAAGAAGCAACAGAUUCUGCUCAGAAUGGCAGACAGUGCAUUAUUUCAGAGGAGUUAAUUUCAGAAGGAAAAUGGGUCAAGCUUGAAAAAACAACUUACAUGGAUCCUACUGGUAAAACUAGAACCUGGGAAACAGUGAAGCGUAUGACCAGGAAGGGACAGUCUGCUGAUGGUGUAGCAGUCAUCCCUGUGUUGCAGAGAACGCUUCAUUAUGAGUGUAUCAUUCUAGUCAAACAGUUCCGACCACCGAUGGGCGGCUACUGCCUAGAGUUCCCUGCAGGUCUCAUAGAUGAUGACGAAAGCCCAGAAGCAGCUGCUCUCCGAGAGCUGGAGGAGGAAACUGGCUACAAAGGUGACGUUGCUGAAUGUUCUCCAGCUGUCUGUAUGGACCCCGGUUUGUCAAACUGUACCACCCACAUCGUGACAGUAACCAUUAAUGGAGAUGACGCAGAAAAUGUGCGACCCAAGCCAAAGCCAGGGGAUGGAGAAUUUGUGGAAGUAAUUUCUUUACCAAAGAAUGACCUGCUGAAGAGAAUUGAUGCUCUGGUAGCUGAAGAGCAUCUCACAGUGGAUGCCAGAGUCUAUUCCUACGCUCUGGCGCUGAAACAUGCAAACACGAAGCCUUUCGAAGUGCCCUUCCUGAAAUUUUGAGGCCACAGACAACACUGGCCAUGUUUUUAUAAACAAGACCAACCAGGCCUUCUCCACUAAGACUUUGUAUUCAACUUAGUUUAAUGUAGAUUUGCAAUUAGCUUUUUCAUAAAAUAAAAGCAGCACAGAA